AUGUACAUGUAGAUGAAAAGUGAAACAAUAUUGCUAGUAUACGGCAAACAAUCUUCAGUAAAGGACACAAGGGAAAAAAGAGCUAUUUUCAGGGUUUCCCGACUAUUCUUGAGCUAAAUCUUGUUAUGUUAUAGAAUUGGUGUGUUACAGAAGAAGAUGUCGCUUACGAACCAAAGUGGUGCUACAGUGGUUUCUUGGCGUGUUAACAACCAGGAACAACUAUUUGUCAGCAAACUAGCAUCAUUUGAUGGAAAAAAAGCUAUAAGGGGUGGAAUACCCUUUGUAUUUCCUCAAUUCGGACCAUGGCCUUUUGGUCCGCAGCAUGGUUUUGGGAGAAUUACCCAGUGGACUCUAGAAAGGUCUCCAGAGCGAUUAUGUAACGGGGAUGUUGAAGCGUUAUUUUCAUUAAUGGAUACUGAUUUUACUCGAUCUAUGUGGAAUUUCCCGUUUCGUAUUACUUAUCGUUUAAUACUGCGUGAAAAAGAGCUGCACUUCCAUAUAGGAGUUUUCAAUCCUAGUAAAGAUUUGACAUUUUCCUUCAAUUUACUAUUACAUACAUAUUUAAAAGUUCCUGAUGUACGUCGUUGCCAAAUAACUGGAUUACAUGGAUGCACAUUUAUAGAUAAGACAAGAGAUGGUGCUGUUUAUCAAGAGGGCAGAGAAAUUGUCGCGAUUAAUGAAUGGACGGAUAGAGUUUAUCAGCAUACACCACACGAACAUAUUAUUACAAAUGUAGUAUCUGGAAGAAAGAUGAGGCUUCAAAAAUACAAUUUUCCUGAUACAGUUAUUUGGAAUCCAUGGGUCGAACAAGCAAGAGAAAUAUCAGACUUUGGUGAUGAUGAAUAUCCGAAUAUGUUAUGUGUUGAAGCUGGCCAUGUUUCUAGCCCGGUUAUAUUAUUACCUGGUACCGCGUUUGAGGCCAGUCAAAUUUUACAAAUAAUUAUAGAAGGAAAUGUAAGCAGAAAAUCCAAGAGGAAUCGCUAGUAUUUGGCAAGAAAACUUCGACGUUACGAUAACAUAUUUCGCACAUGAAACAGAGGUUGACAAUACAAAAUAAUAACAGGGGCAAAUAUGGUAUGAAAUUUUUAUUAGGGUUUUUUUAUUAUUAUGAAUAUUAUGAACAUUAUAAAUACUAUAAAUAUUGAAUUAAAAAAAAUGCAACAUUAAUAUUUUUUGUUAAAAUAUAGGUAGGGGUAUAUUAAUAGACGAUAUGAUUAAUAAAUUAAAAAAUGUUAUUCGAAUUAGAAAUAAACUUAUGAAAUCCAUGCGACUUCAUCGCUCAUAGAUAUCUGUAUAAGUACAUAAUUAUUAUGUAACUGUAAUGUGCACACAACUUGCCACAAAAUUUUAAGUGUAAUAGCCCAGACAUUUAAAAGUCCAUCCCAGUGUAAAAUUAUAAUUGUAGCUUAAAUAAUAUUUACGACAAAAUUGUGUUUUUUUUUUACAGUAUUAACCUAGAAGAAAUAUACAUCCACAAUUUCUACUUAUUUUGUCAGUUUAAGAAAUGAAAAUUUUUAUACAAAGUUUUUUUUUUAAUUUUCUUUAUAUGCGUCUGUGAUACGUAAUCUUGUGUUAACCAUUUUAUAUCCUUAUAUUUGAAAUAAAUAAUACACAAACAUGGAGAUGAAGAAAAUAUAAAAAAAGAAAAAGGUCUUUCUUUUUCAAUUUUCUUUUUCAAUUUGAAAAAGUACAUAAUACACAUUAAAAAAUCAAUAUUUUUUCAACAAAGUACGGUUUAUUUACAAACUAUUAGCUUUGUCUUAUAUUUUGUUUUAAUUUACACAAAAUUACACAAAAUUAUAAAGAAUUGAAUAUUUUACAAAAGUUAGUUUUUCUAUAUUUCUUAAAAAGAGGUUUAAAUUAAAUAUCUAGAUUCACUUUUAUAUUGCGUUGUUUUACCUUACGAUUAAUUGUCCCGAUUUUGCUGUGAUCAAUAUUGAAUAUUAAUAAUUAUUUGAUUGCACAUUUUAAGAAUUUGAUUGAAAAAAAUGUAACAAUUUGUUAUUUAAAUUGAAGUAAAUAUAAUUUGAGAAACAUUCCUAUAAGUUCUUCUUUUUAUAUUUAUAAUUUAAAAAGGUUGGUCUUUAAAUUAGAUAAAAUUAAGAAAAUACAUAUUCAAUUUAAAAUCUAUAAUCACUUAACACAAAUUUGAAAAAAAAUCUAAUUUUCUGCUACUAUACAAAAUUUUUCAGUAAUACUUUUUCGUGCGAUUCUGGUCAUUCUUUUAUAAUUAAUUAAGCAUAAAUUACUUUUAAGAGUGAACAUUUAAAAUUUACCUUAGAUGGAAUCAUAAUGGACAUUAAAUUUAUUAUAUAAUCAAGAUCCUAUAUUCUUAAAGGCUUAAAAAAAUUAAGUUUGAAACCCUUUCUAUAAAGACGCGACACUUUUACAAGAUUUUCUUUGUGUCGAGGAAAAUCAAAAGAUUUUUGUUCACGGACAAAUUCAUUUGUGGAUACAAGAGAAACAUCACCAGAAUUAAAAGACAUUUUGAUUGCAUUUCUCAUGUUUGUCGUUAGCUUUCUUUUCAUUUCGUCAAAGGUUUUCUCCAUUUACGUAUACUUAAAAAAUAAUCUUGUGGCAUGAGUUGGCAUUAACAUUUUUUAAAACUUAAAAAAAAUAAUUGAUGUUUACAUUGUGUAUUAAAGUUCUUUUAAUUUUAUGAAAAAAUUUAGAAUGUAGAACACAGUAUAUUUUAUUAUAAAUUUAUGACAAAAUAAUCUGAUAAAUUAUAAUAAAGACUGUACCGUUUUUAGAGAAUUAUAUGCAAAAAAUAUACUAUUUUUAAUUUAAUACUUUUUUCUAAUACUUUCAUAUGUAUACUUAUUUAGUAGCCUUAAAAAUAUCCAAUUUCCUUUUAAUCCUUUUAUGUGCCAAAAUUUGGUUCAAAAUUUUAUUUGAUUCUAUGUAAAGAACAAAAGGUAUACGUGAUUGUGAUUAAGAAAUUUUUUAAACUGAUGUAAUGUAAUAUUUUAUAAAUUUUGUAUUGCUUUUGAAAUUUUUUUCGUGAUUAGUUACUAAACUUUAUAUCAUAAUUACUUAAUUGCUGUAACUAAAUGAAUGUUAUAAAUAAAAACAAUUAUAUAAAAAAUAUAUUUAUAUAAAUAUUAUUUCUUGGAAAGUUAAUUGUAUAUGCAAAAUAUGAGAUAAAAAAAAUAUUAAACGUUGUAUUAAAUUACUAAAUGAAUACCGAAUCUCUAAGGCUUAAUGUUAAAA